GGAGGCAGGCCCAGACACACAAGAAUCCGCAAGGACAGAGAGAAGACAGGGAUACGAGAAAAUCACACCACAGGAAAUGGAAUGAAGAGGGGAGGCAAUGGCUGAUCUCUCGUCUCGGAGGUUCAGGCUUCGUCCUCCGCCCCCAAACUAAUAGCAUGCCAGAUCCCUUCAACUCUCACCAUUGAAUGUAACCCCGGGCAUUCAGCUUCCAGGGGACUCGUACAUAUAUAUCAGGAAUGAAAGCGAAAUGUCGUUUUCUCUGGGGGCUCGAGUCGGUAUAAGGAGUACCAUCUUGUUUUCACUCCUUAUGUGAUUCUUCUAUUCCUUUCUUCUUUGCCUGUCGUGUACACCUAAUCACGAGUCAAGUCGCGAUCGCGCAAUCCAGAAGACAUUCGUUGAGCCUGCCGCGAGAAAUGGACGUCCCAGGGGGAGACGUCGGUGUCAUGCCACCGCCUCCAGGCGUGACACCGGACUUUCAUGGCUCCUCGCAACUCCAGCACACGCUUAUUAUCGUCUACUCCAUCACCUUUGCCCUGGCCACCGUCGUGCUGACACUGCGUCUAUAUACCGGUCUGGUGCUCGUUGGAAAACUGGGACUCGAUGCGUUCUUGAUCGUGCUGGCAUGGGCCGUCUCGUUGGCUUUCUUUAUAACCACGCUUCUGGUGAUGCCAUCUGGUUUCGGGAAGCAUCUGUGGGAUGUCACAGGGACACAGCUGCAAGGAUAUCUAAAGCUUCUCCUCGUCCUGGCAAUCACGUAUAUCUGGCCGCCGACGCUGACCAAGCUCGCCAUCCUCGUCCUCUACCACCGGAUCGAUCCCGGCCUGGCCUUCCGUAUCUGCAUCUACUUCGUCGCCUUUACCCUGAUCGCCUCGACCGUCGUCUUCACCGUUCUCUUCUGCGGGCCAUGCAACCCCCUGACCACUGGGAGUGGAAUGUGCCUGAACAACAUCGCCAUCGCGCAGGCGGUCCUCAACAUCGUCACCGACGGCUUUAUCAUCAUUCUCCCGAUCCCGACAAUACGGAAGCUGCACAUGCCAUUUAAACAAAAGGUCACCGUUGCCGCCAUCCUGGCCCUCGGAUCAGGCGUCGUCAUCGCCUCAUGUGUCCGCGUCGCCUACGUCCGCGCCAUGCAGAACAACCCCGACGUCACGUGGACGCAGGCCUCGGCUGCGGUCUGGAGCUGCGUCGAGCUCAACAUCGGCAUCCUCUGCAACUGCCUGGCAAUGCUGCGGCCGUUUGUGCGACGCCACAUGGUCUGGCUCGCGAGCAUCGUCGGUGGAGGCGGGAGCAGCGGGGGCGUCGGUUCGGCCGGGUACAGCAAGAAGGGGCUGUCGAGCGGGGGCGGGAAUAAGUCGGCGUUUGGUAGUCCCUGGAGGGGGGACGCUGAUGGGCAUGGGUACCAGCUGCACAGUGUUGGGAGGACUAAGAUGGUGCCGGGGGAGGAGGAGGGGGGGAUGGGGGCCGGUAAGGGGAUUGUUGUUGUUGAUGAGUUCCAUGUGCAGUACGGCAGUAAGAGGGAGAACAGCGAUGGGUCUAGCACGGAGAACAUCCUUGACGAUGAGAGGCCGCAACCUCGCCGAGCCAGGUGAGAAUGUCGAGGUGGUUGCAGCCCGAAGAUGUCGUCGUUGCAUAUCUUAUCUUCUUGUAUAUAGUUGUGCAAACAGAGUGACACAUGGCCUGGCGCAAUGUGGCACAAUUGUAUCGAUACCGAGACUAGCGAACCAACAUACUAGGCCACUUUUAUAUUUCUGGUCAACAUACUAUGUAAAAUAAUUACUUGAACGGCUGCAUGGCGAUCUGCAGCGAAGAUCUGCCGCGA